AUGCUUGCCCCAAUCAUAACCAAAGAUAUGCGGUUGUUUCCAACCCACAAAGUGCCGGUGAAAAAUGUUCGAAGUCGCGCUCAAUCUCUUGACCACUUCCAACAAAUUCAGAGCUCAGCCAGCACAAUUGAUAGGCUUGUACCUAUCAAACCGCGGUCGGCCGUUUCUGCCGGAAACAUCGCCCAACGGCCAUCGUCCAGUAGGACAAAACAAGUUGCACCCGCAAAGACUAGUGUGCCAAGAAGUCCGCCGAAGUCGAUGAUGUCCCGAAAGUCGACUUUGACAGCGAUUCAAGAAGGUGUUGAGUUGAAUGAGCAACCGGUUUUGCAUAAGAAAAUUGGUCACAGCAAAAGUGAAUCGUCGAGUGUCCAAUUGGAAGGCACCACCAAAAACAGCUCCAAAUCUAGCAGUGAGGCGAACUUGGAGGAAAAUGGUGGCACAGGAGGAGAAGUCGACGAGGAGGAGACGAAAAAGAAGCGCGGUGUACUGAAGUGGAUCACCAACACAUUUCGAAAGUCAUCACGCGAUAAAACUCUUGACAAUCGGAGCACUUCCUCGGGAUGA